UAUGCCGACUGCUGUGCUUUGUUUGGGAAUCAAGGCUUUUAUUCGAGGGUCUCUCUCUCUCAAUUCGGCUGGGAUGCCUUGAGAAAUGGACCAUUCGAGUCACGGGGAUGACGACAACGAUUCUGCAAUUGUUCCAAGGUGAUAAUCUCAAGUCUGACUUCAGAAUAGCUUUUAUUUCGCCCACAGGUCAGCUGUCUUUCAAAAAAGUGAAAAGGACCCGUGUCAGAGUGGAUCAUCUCUCAGACGAGGAGAAACGUUGGAGGAAACGUAUCUUGGGUAGAGAGAGGGCGCGCCGUUACCGCGAAAGGAAACGGGCCUCCGAAUCAUCCCCUGAAGAAUUAAGUGAUGCGUGUGUACAAAUGGAAGCCCCUCCCCCAUUACCGAGGGGUCGUGGUCGACCUAAAGGUUCACGCACCAAGAAGAGACGGUUGAUACUUCUGACACCGCAGUCCAAGAACUUUGAGAGAGGAGCAAGUGAAGAACGUAAAUUGCCGGCUAUCGAGUAUGCCAGGUACAUAUCGCCAUCUUCAGUCUCUCUUAAAGAAGCCGACGAUCAAGGCAAGCAUGAAGAAGCUUCGUGUUCUUGGACUUUACGUGACACAUCUUCACGCUCAUUGAUAAUUGAAAACCCGACUUCACUCACUGAGAGAAAUGUGGGAACAUGUACGAGUACCAAAACUGAAAUAUCACCAUUUACCCAGCAAACCGGGGUGACUGUGAUUGAGGGCACCCUGCAAGACAAUACAAUUAUGCUCAGAGGGCGUGUGUGUGAAAAUAUUCCAGAUGAGGCGGAGGAAAGUUUAGUUGAAGAUCAGUUGUCUCUUGAUGACCCAAACCAGCACCUGAUUUCUCUGCAAAUGGAGGCAGGUGUCAAAAAGUUGGAUUUGCAAGCCCCAAGUAUUCACGGUGAUGACAGCCCUGGAAUCGUGGAAGACCCCAAAAAUACAGAUCUUACUGGUAAAUCAUUUAAUGCCAGUAACAUUUAUAGUACAGACGUCAAAAACCUCUCCAAAAAUUGUGACCAAAAGGGACAGUGGCAACGCAGAAGGCGGAGGUUCAAACAACAAAAUGUAAGAGACUUCAUCAAUUUUUUCCCAAUUGAUGACUUAGGAUGCACUGAUUCAAAGUCCUUUGUGAGUGGUUCUUGCAGCCUGCAACGACAGGUCGAAUAUGUACCUUCUGGCAAAAGAUCAUAUGCAUCGAAACAGAGUGCUUGUGAAACAUCGACCAAACCGUCAACAAGCUCAGAUGUUAUAAACGUGGAGAGUUUGGGCAAUGUGAGCCAGAAGGACGGUGAGUUUGAUUCCAUCAAAUCAAAAGAUGUUGUGGAAGAUGCGUUUUCAAGAGAGAAGAGUGCCGAGAAGUUAACUGGAGCUCCUUCUGUGGAAUCUGUCUCAACUCCAUUGGCAGCUCCAACCUCUCAAGCCGCGCUUGGCUCUGCACAGUUGUCCGGUAAUUUAGCAGCACCAGUUGUUUAUGAAUCACCAUCAACUCAACCAUCGGCUUUGGUAGGAUUGAAUCUCUCACAGACUCUGCAAGAUGUUCAGAUCUCAGGGCUGCUGCAACAACAGCAGUUGAUAAAUGCAGCUGCUAACAUCCAAGGACUCAACACUGUUAGUGUAUCAGGCCAGGCCAACAUUGUCGCAGCACAGAAAACAUCAGAUGGUAAAGGUGUCCCAAGCUUGCAAGGAAUUGCGGGCUUGCCAAAGCUAGAAGGCUUGACAGGUGUUCAAGGCUUGGCAGGAAUUCAAAGCAUUGUUGGGAGCUCUACCCUCCAGGGUCUCCAAGGGGUUACAGAUCCAAGAUUUCUUCCAGUGGCAGGCCUUCAAGGCGUCAGCGGCAUCCAGAACAUUGCAAGUCUUCAGGGGGUAGUGGGAGGACUGCCGGGGCUCUCUGGUCUCCAAGGGCUCACAAGUCUUCAAGGAUUUGGAUGUCUACCGGGCAUCACAGGUCCCACGAGCCCAGCAGGACUGGUGGGUCUCCAGGGUAUCCCGAAUCUUCAAGCAGUUCAGGCGUUUCAGGGAAUUCCAAGUUUCCAACCGACGACGGGUCUGCAAGGGCUUGUGACUCUGCAAGGAAUCACAGGUCUUCCAGGGAUCCAAGGUCUGCAAGGGGUUGGCAUUGCUGGCUUGCAAUCAGCCCAGGGACUCCAAGCUGUGACCACCCUCCAAGGCGGGGCGUACCUUCCAGGCAUCACAGGUUUACAGGGAGUCUCAGGUCUAAUUUCAGGACUCCCAAGCCAAGCUGGGGUGUCAGGUCAACAGGAACCACCGACAGCCACAUCAGCUGCUCUUACAGAAGGCACUGCUAAUCAAAAGGAAGAUAUGGGUCAAGGAGUGAAGGAGCAAGGAGAAGAAAGGACUACAGAUCUGAGCAGAGCACAGCAUUGCCAGCCUGGUGAAGGCAAUGCAGAAGAUGAAAGUCUCAGAUCAGGCACGAGCGGAUGCCAGGAGCCAGAAGAUGCCCAGACCAGAUCUGUGGAUGUUGCCGCAUCUACCCAAGAGAAGAUGCGACAUCUACAGAAGGGGCGCUCCAGACGGAAGCAAGCCAGCCCAAGAUGCAUCACAAAACACUUUGAGUUCACUUCAAGAGACAUGAACGAUACCGGCAAAGAGCAGAGGAGUUGCAGAAGUGCAUUAUUUGCAGAAGAUGCACCACCAGAUGAUAGUGGCCAGAGUGGGAGUACAUCAUUCUCCGCAAACAUGCCACUGGAGUCAAAGAGAUUAGACCCUGUCACUGCAAGCACUCCCCAGAAAGACAGCAGCUUGAUGAAGCCCCAGGCGAGGGAUAGGGUCGAAUCUCCCAGGCCAGGGGCAAAACUGUCCAAGAAAGUGGAGGAGUUGAUGAGUGCAACACAUCCCCAUCGCCGACUGAACGUAGACUGCUCGUCCCCGGGUCCCGUGGAUGAUGAGUCUCCUUCUCCGCAAACCUGGCGGAGGUUCUUAGAGCGAGAGAAGCAGCGACACGAUCGCUUGAAGGAGGUCGAGGAACAGCUGGCCAGACUACAGUCCCAUGCUGACAGGUGUCAAGCAUUCAGCCCCAAAUCCUUUGUCUCCACGUCAACACAGACUGAGCCAGGAGGAGUGCUGGGCAACCAAGAUGGGAGAAUCGAUCCGACACUUCAUGGGAGUACUGCCACGGGACAGGGAGGGCAGACUACAAGCAGACAAACUGAGGGGAGCGGAGUCACAUGUGGGCAGAUACAACAAGGAGUAGUCACAAGUUCUGGCGACUCUCUCUUCGCAAAUCCUUCUCCUGAGGCUAACAGAAGUGAAGAUGAGGUACCAGACACGGCACCUUCCGUUGCCGAAGAUGCUCCUGUCUCUCAGGAUGAAGUGCCACCUGACACGGGCCAAGACACCGAAGCCAAAAUCAAGAACAGCCCCCGCACUAUUUGGCUCCACUCGGGCAAGAGAAAAAGAAAAGCUUCCAGGAGGUCCAUUAGAUCCUUAAUAUCACCCUUUGCAGAAGGGUCCAAUGCGGAGUCAGGGAAUCCCUUGAAUCAGGAAGCGACAGAAGCCAGCAGGGCUCUCAAAAGUCCCCUGUCCUCCUCUCCGCAAAAGAAAACGGCCAAAUUUGUGUUUCAAAUUCCCCUGGAUGAUCUUGAUACCAGUGAUAAUACCGGCCAGGUUGAUGAAGCACAUGAAUUUUCAAGCGACAACGGACUGGACAACAAAUUUGAAGUGCCUCUUUCUGGGAGUGUGGGUGACUCAGUCCCAAGCGUAAGCUUUGUGGAUCAAAGCAAUGCCGAGGUUCCAUGUCAGCCUCACUCAGUACUUCCUUGGGAAGUUGAGGGUCUCUCUAAGAUCGAGAGGAACCGCAUCAGGGCCAGGGAGGGAAUGAGGAGGCACAGAGAGAAGCUGCGGCAGGCUAAACUUGCUGCCCAGACACUGAUGUGCCGGUCGGUACUACCAGACAGUCAACUUCUCUUGGAAGCAUCUCCAGUUAUUUGGGGAUCUGGAGCGCUCGAUACCCCUGGCCCUGUGUCUCUAAAAACACCUGUCGCUUUUAACGGAGGGAAGAUUGAAGUUGUCGAAGGGGCAAAUCGUACAUGUAUUUCACCAGCUAAGGUAACAGCGCACCCUGCCUUGGCCAAUACUGAGGUCAUUGAGAGUACCUCCCAAGUGCCAGGGAGCAAGAAACCGUUUGACGUUCUUGCGCAGGUUGCAGUCAAAAUUGAACCUUCUGAAAUAAAACAUCAGGAGACUAUGGAUCUCCCUUCAACUCAAAGAACUGAGGAGCCGAAAGCAAAGAUAAAGACAAUUGCUUCCCAGGUUGGUACAGAGGUCCAGAUAUCUAACAAUCCAGAAACAGAGACCCCUUUGCCUCGUAAGAUCUCAAAGACCAAACCAGUUAAGUUUGAACAAGGCAGCCCUUCAAAUCUAGCUCGUAUUGAUUUCACGCAAGAGCCGUACAAGAGCAUGAACCUCCGAGAUCGGAACCGCGUCAGGGCUAGGGAGGGCAUGAGGCGAUACAGAGAGCGAAUGAGGCUUGCACAACUGGCACCACUGCAGCCUCAGAAAGUCUCGUUUGGAAUGCCACGUUGCAAAGGAGGUUCUCCGAAGUCUAGCCCAGGCAAAAGCAACCACCAGGGUAGUACCAAAUGUGAUGACAGUGUCGCAGCAAGUAAGCAGUUGGCAGAGCUUGCCAAACAGCACACCAACGAAUCCAGUCCAGCAGUCUCCUAUUCUGAAUUUAUUGAGCAUGGCAAAGCCGAGGUUAUGAAAAGGAAACGUGCAUUUUCAUUGCUGCGGAUGGGCAGUGGAAGGCCCAAGAGGAAGUUGAUUGGCAAACAUCUCCCAUUGCCUCAAGUCAGUAAGUCAAAUAGAUUGCAAGAUGAUGCAUCGUCAGGAUCACGCCCUGCAACACUGAAGAGUGGUCACAUUGCAUUGCUUCCAAAAGAAUUCAACCCUGAUGCUGACUCCAAAAGGACAACUGAAGAUCCUGAGCGUGGAUGUUUAAACCCAAUGUUCACAAAACAAAAGAAACGUCUGAAAAACUCGCAACCCUCGUCGGCAGAGCACCCAAAGAGGCCUGCAACCAUCUCCACUGAGGUUCUUAAUGAUGCAGAGAAAAAUAGCUCGAAGUCGGAGGGAAUGACGGAAAACCCCUUUGACUUGGCCCUAAGGAAGAAAGUCAUCCAGGAGAAAAUGUUGUGCGGCAUGGACAAGUAUGCUGCUAUCAGCUCUGCUGCUGCAGCUCAGAGACAUGCCAAGGACUUAGCUGUUGUCGCCUCACACCGUGAAGAAGAACAAGAAGAACAGGAGCAGCCUGUAGCUGAUGAGGAUCUCUACCAUUAGAUUCACAUCAACAUCACUGCAUGGACCUCCCAGUCAAGACACAGUUGAGCCACAUCAAGGACCAAUAGUCAUCACGCUACGACUGUGACUCGUUUAAGUUUAAUUCUGCCAUUACACAGGGUGAGUCAAAAAGACGAAACCCAAAUGUCAAGGCCUAUUGUUUUAGUGAAGUUUUGCAUGUAGCACUUUCAAAAUCUAGGAUAUGAAAAU